GGUGCGUGCCCAGAAAAGAGAAGGUCGGACCCCGAUGAAUAAUUUCAUCCAUUUACUCAGGCAAUUGAACUACAUGUACGACGUUCGGACUGCUGAUGAAUCUUCCGAACUUGGAGAUAUUGUUUUCUGCCACCCGGCUUCUUUUGUGAUGGUGAAUGCAUAUCCGGAAGUCAUGAUGAUUGAUUGUACGUACAACACCAAUGAGUAUGACAUGCCUCUACUAGAAGUGGUCGGUGCAACAAGUACGGACAAAACGUUCACUAUCGCCUACGCAUUCAUGCGAAAUGAGAGACAAGAAAACUACAGGUUUGUGUUACAGUUUAUCCGUACUUUGUUCGUUAGCCAAGUGACACCUAAUGUCAUUGUAACAGACCGAGAUUACGCCUUGAUGCAUGCUGUCGAGUAUGUUUUCCCGGAAUCCAGGCAUCAUUUGUGUCGCCGUCACAUUGAGCAAUGCGUGCUACAACGAGCACUGCAGCAACCUGGUUUUUUAAAAGAGGCGGCAGAAGGAUUUAAAUUUCGUUGGAAUUGGGCGAUAAGUGCACCGACCAUAGAUGACUUUAAUGAUAGAUGGGGACGUCUGGCAGCACAUUACUCGAAUUGGGGAGCAUUGCUGAACUACUGCAUUGACACAUGGAUUAGUCCGCAUUCCCAAAAAAUCCUGUCAGCUUACAUCGACCAUUAUUUUCACUUCGGAAGCUACACAACAAAUAGGGUCGAAGGAGAACAUCAUCGCGUCAAACGACAUUUAGAUGGUGGUCGGUACCCAUUCGAUACCGUACUGGAGAAACUUCACAAGGUGAUGGAAGGCCAAAUCUGUGAGAUUAAGAAAGUAGCGAGAGUUAACGCUACUAAAUCCAACACAGACACCCUUGGAGAUACGUUGUUUGUUAAUCUGAACAGAUCAAUCACGUUUAAAGCAUUCGGCCUCAUAAGGAAAGAAAUGCAAGUUUUACAAGAAAUGGGUCAGGAUCCAACAACGUGUGGUUGCUACCUAAGGAGAACUCAUGGUCUACCGUGCGCACAUGAGCUUCAGUACUACAUCAUAAAUGGGUAUAGCAUUCCGUUGGAUCAAAUACAUGAUUAUUGGAAAAAGUUAGAUAUUCAGUUUCCAAUAUUUCCUAAUGAUGCCGCGGAUGGAUCCCCGACUCCACCAAAUCCAGUGAGGAGGGCGUUGUUCGAAGAAGUCCCUGAUAUUACUGCACCUCCUACUGCUAAAAAGAAAACCAAGGGUAAAAAGCUCUCUAGUCUCCGUGUACCUUCGGCGUGGGAGAGGGUUGUGAAACAGUACGGAUUUAAAAAGUCUCCAAACAAAAAGGGCCCUGGACGUGUUGCUUCUAUCUCUGAAUCACAGGGGAGUCCAAUGAGCACAUCCCAACGUACGGGGCCACCAGUAUCACCAUCUUCUCCAAAUCCUCCGUGCUCAAGGCCUCCAAUGUCAACCCCUUCUUCCAAAGGCACCACGUUCAUCUUUAAGAAUUCUGUAUUUGAGAGAGAAUUCCCGCCCUACAUUAGAAAAUACAUAGAUCAAUGCACAGAUGUAGCGGCAGACGGAAAUUGUGGAUUUAGAGCGGUGGCUCUAGCAAUUUACGGAACAGAAGAUGAUUGGGUUAAAGUUAGACAAGACUUAGUAGCAGAUCUACAGAAUAGAAGCGCCUUGUACGCUCGAAUCUUAGGUGGGAGGAGUGCGAGGAGUUCUAAUGUGACUAAUCUCAUCCAAUCGAUUGCUCACUACCAUGGACCAGCGGAUGAUGAUUACUGGAUGGCGGUACCGGAUUGCGGUCACGUAAUUGCAACAACAUAUAAUGUUGUUUUCAUGACAUUCAGUGAACAUGGAGGAAAUACUUGUCUGCCAGCGAUAUUAGAUGAAACACAAGGACCUCCAACCCGAAAGGUGGUGUGCGGACAUCUUAGCAAUGAUCAUUGGAUUUUGUUGCAUAUGAAACCAGGGGAUCAUCCGGUACCACCCAUAGCAUUUUACUGGAACGACCAUCACGACAAAUCUGCAGAUGGUUUAGAUGCACAAUUUGCAUUCUCGAUCGGUCACUUUAACCGUCUCCACAAUGAAGAUGGAGAACGUCGAGCAGCAACAAGAAGAAGAAAGAACAAUUAAUUAGGAUCGAAAAAACAAUUGAUGUAUUUCGUUGAGUAGAUUAAUACUUUGAUUUUCUAAUAAAUUUUAUUAUUAUCCUUCA